UCUACAAAAACAGAGUGAAAGAGAAAGAAAAGGGUUGGGAAAGCAGAGACAAAUAUUGACCUGGACUUAGAGAAAGACAUCCAAUGGCUGAAUAAAGAACCCUGUUCAUGUUUUGGGAUAUUCUUUCAACUGGCUGGAACGAGAGCGGAUCAAAAGAAUGGGAAAUGCCAGCAGACCCUUUAGAAGAAUUGCUUAUUUCUUAUGCCUUUUAUCUGUGCUUUUGCUGACUGAAGGGAAGAAACCAGUGAAGCCAAAAUGUCCUGCCUGGUGUACUUGUACCAAAGAUAAUGCUUUAUGUGAAAAUGCCAGAUCUAUUCCUCGCAGCGUUCCGCCUGAUGUUAUCUCACUAUCCUUUGUGAGAUCUGCUUUUACUAAAAUCCCAGAAGGGAGUUUUUUGCUCACACCAUCUCUGCAGCUUCUGUUGUUUACGUCCAACACUUUUGAUGUUAUUAGCGAUGAUGCUUUCAUGGGCCUUCCUCAUCUAGAAUAUUUGUUCAUAGAGAACAACAACAUUAAAUCAAUUUCAAGAAAUACUUUCAGAGGACUGAAAUCUUUAAUUCACCUGAGUCUCGCAAAUAAUAAUCUCCAGUCACUUCCAAAAGACAUAUUUAAAGGCUUGGAUUCUUUAACAAAUGUAGAUCUUAGAGGCAAUGCAUUUAACUGUGACUGCAAACUGAAGUGGUUAGUGGAGUGGCUGGGCAGCACCAAUGCAACUGUUGAAGAUAUUUACUGUGAAAGCCCACCAGAAUACAAGAAGCGCAAAAUCAAUAGCCUCUCUCCAAAAGAGUUUGAUUGCAUUAUUACAGAAUUUGAAGUUUAUCAGUCCCUGCCAUACCAAUCUCUGUCAGUAGAUACUUUCUCAUACAUGAAUGAUGAACAUGUGGUUAUUGCUCAGCCUUUUACUGGAAAAUGCAUCUUUCUUGAAUGGGACCAUGUGGAAGUGAUGUUCAGGAAUUACGACAAUAUUACAGGUACUUCAACUGUUGUGUGUAAACCUAUAGUUAUUGAAAGUCAGCUGUAUGUCAUUGUCGCACAGCUGUUUGGAGGCUCCCACAUAUAUAAAAGAGAUAUUUUUGCUAAUAAGUUUAUAAAAAUUCAAGAUAUUGAAAUCCUUAAAAUCCGAAAACCCAAUGACAUUGAAACUUUCAGGAUUGCUGAAGACUGGUAUUUUGUUGUUGCAGACAGUUCAAAGGCUGGUUUCACCACGGUUUACAAGUGGAAUGGGAAUGGAUUUUAUUCCCAUCAGUCUCUGCACGCCUGGUACAGAGAUACUGAUGUGGAGUAUCUUGAAAUAUCUGGCAAACCACAUUUAAUUUUGUCAAGUAGUUCGCAAAGACCUGUAAUAUAUCAAUGGAACAAAGGAACAAAUGAAUUUGUUAAGCGGUUUGAUAUUCAAGAUAUGGAAGAUGCAUAUGCAGUGAAGCAUUUCAAAGUGAAAGAGGAUGUAUACAUUUGCUUAACAAGAUUUAUUGGGGACUCUAAAGUAAUGAAAUGGGGUGGUUCAGCAUUUCUGGAUUUACAAAGGAUGCCAUCCCGAGGGUCAAUGGUAUUCCAGCCACUUCAGAUAAAUAAUUAUCAAUAUGCCAUUCUUGGAAGUGAUUAUUCUUUCACUCAAGUCUAUUAUUGGGAUGCGGAAAAGGCAAAAUUUGUGAAGUUUCAAGAAUUAAACGUACAGGCACCAAGAUCUUUCAUACAUGUCUCCAUCGAUAAACGAGAUUUUCUCUUUGCUUCAAGUUUUAAGGGAACUACAUUGAUUUAUAAACAUGUCAUAGUUGACUUAAGCGCAUGACACUCAUAAUUCUGAGAUUACAUCAGACUUUCUACCGUAAGUGGACAAAAUGAACUAAAUGCAUGAUGACUCUCUUAUCUUACUUCCAAAUGAAUGCCUUUAAAAGUUGAGAUUGCUAGAACAAAGUAUUACUAGUAUCUUCAUCUUUAAUUGUCAAGUCUAGUGGUGUUGGAAGUUGCAUUUUUUAACAAAAAGAAAUUAAAUUAACUGUUCUUUGCAUCCACAAUAUGUAAAUACAUGUGCAACUGCAUCUGUUGCUAUAAAGAAUAUUAAGAUGUACUUUUCCAUUUAUUUAUUCACCUGUUUGAAACAACUGCCAAAUAAAAUGUUUACAUUUUGUGUCUUUCACAUUCCAAA